CCCACAAUUGCAAAUUAAUAUGACAAUAUUCUCAACCAUUAUCUCUUGUUUGCUUCUUUUGCCUUUUGUUUUCCAGAUUGCCAAUGCCGCAGUCUUUGACAUUCAGAACAAUUGUCCAUACACCGUUUGGGCUGGUGCUGUACCUGGUGGGGGACGACAGCUUAAUUCGGGCCAGUCUUGGUAUUUAAACGUCCCAGCUGGCACCCAAGGAGGCCGUAUAUGGCCACGAACCAAUUGCAACUUUGAUGGUUCUGGUCAAGGACGGUGUGAAACCGGUGACUGCAAUGGUCGCCUCGAGUGCCAAAACUAUGGUACACCACCUAACACCCUAGCCGAGUUUGCCUUGAAUCAAUUCAAUAAUCUUGAUUUCAUUGACAUAUCUCUUGUCGACGGAUUCAACUUGGCAUUGGAAUUUAGUCCCACUUCUAGUGGGUGCACUCGGGGAAUAGUGUGUAGUGCAGACAUCAACGGGCAAUGCCCUAACGAGUUACGGGCUCCUGGUGGGUGCAAUAACCCCUGUACCGUGUUCAAGACCGAUGAAUAUUGUUGUAACUCUGGAACUUGCGGACCAACUACUUAUUCAAUGUUUUUCAAAGAACGUUGUCCCGAUGCGUAUAGUUAUCCUAAGGAUGAUGCCACCAGCACAUUUACCUGCCCCGGAGGAACCGAAUAUAAAGUCGUCUUUUGCCCUUGA